UAAAGUUUAACAAGUCGCUAUUUUUUGUUUUUCUUCCUCUUGUUCUAGUAAUUAUUAACAAUCCGAUUGAUUAGUUAUGAUAAUAUUUUACAAACUAUAUUUAUGUAAUGAUUCCACUGAACGUAAUUAAAAACCGGCUUCAAAAUGACUGAAGCCUGCUCAGUGAACAGCAACAUAGAUGAGAACAAGAGCUUAUCGAAGGAUAAUGGAGUUUUGGGUGUAAAAGAGGAACAAGAAAUAACUGUGAAGCAGGAAAUUGUCGAAUGUUUGGUGUGUCUGAACCGGACGACAGAGAAUUGCGAUUUAAGUACCACGAAUACCGCUUCGGGAACUACCCUCUACGAUUAUUUAUGUAAAUUUACCCUAAGCGAUAUCGGGAAAGCAACAAACGGUUCCAAGUUCAUUUGUAAAACGUGUCUCAAUCUAGUUAAUAUAUUAGAACGUGCAGAAAUUGAGUAUUUAAAGUUAAAAGAGGAGUUUCAAUCCAUACUCAGUAAGAACCCAUUGUUUGAAACACCAAACACACAAGUUUCUGUAACACUCGAGCCUGUGAAAAAUGAGAGCUCGGAAAUUGAUAAAAAAUUCGAUGACGAUUCGGAAGACGAACCUUUAUCCCUCACAAAAAAGAAACGACAUAGAAAACUUGACAAAAGAAAAAAGAAAACGCUUACAGAUAGCAAACGCAAAGUGCGCAGUAAAGUUUGUAAUGAGAGUUGGGAGUGCACAGAAUGUGAGGUGAGUGGGGUGACGGGUGGUCCUGAGGCUUUGACCGCACACAUGCUGCUUUCACAUACUCUACCAGGUUCCAUACAUAUUGAAAAGGUUAAGAAAGAGGAGUCACCAGACAGAUCUCCAAGUCCAAGUUUCAAUAAUUUUGAUGAAAUAUUUAAAGUUGAAGCUGAAGGUUUUGAUGAUGAUGAUGAAAGUUCAAACUAUGUACCUGACGAGCUGAGCAAUGGCAAACAUAGUAAAAGAAGCAAAUUGCUUGGUCGGGGCAAACGAAAAAAUGGUAGUAGUUCCACUGUUAAGAAAAAGAAAGAUCCGAAGAUUAUUCAUCAAUGUGAUCAGUGCAAUGCAAAGUAUACAUCACUUGUGCGACUGGAGCAACACAAGCAGAAGCACGACGACUCCAAGCCGCCCUACAUCUGUGAGGUUUGCGGAGCGCACUACAAGCACAAGCGAGCCUGCGAUAUACACGUCGCCAUGCAUAAAGGCAUCAGCGAUUGGAAAUGUGAAGAGUGCAACAAGCUGUUUCCAUCGAAGGGUGCCCUGCAGCGGCACAACAAUAUCCACACGGGAAAACUCAAUUAUCAGUGCGACCUGUGCGGCAAGUCGUUCAUCCACACGUCGUCGUUCAAGAUGCACAAGUUGUCGCACUCCGGCGUGAAGCCGCACUCGUGCGACGUGUGCGGGCUGGCGCUCAUGACGCGCUCGCACCUCAAGCGCCACAAGCGCGUGCACUCGGGCGAGAAGCGCCACGAGUGCGGCGUGUGCGGCAAGCGCUUCUCCGAGCGCUACAACCUGGCGGCGCACGCGCGCGCGCACGCGGGCGAGGGCGCGGCGCUGGCGCUGCAGCCGCGCCGCCGCCUGUUCCGCUGCGCCUUCUGCCCCGAGCGCUUCGAGCGCCGCGUGCAGCUGGAGCGCCACGCCGGCGCCGCGCACGGGCGCGCGCUGGAGCGGCCGCCGCCCACGCCGCGCAACACCAUGAGCAAGCUGCUCAAGGCGCAGGCGCAGCGCCGCGCGCCCGACGCCAAGCCCGAGCGCAGCCCGCCGCCCGCGCCCGACGCCGCCGCCUCGUGGGCCGGCGUCUACGUCGCCGAGUUCGGCCUGCGCGCCGACUACUCGCACUAGCGCCGCCUGGGCCGUGGCCUUCCAGACUGCCUCCUGGAUACUUGUUAUAUCGAUUUGUUCGAUUGCCGGCUGCGAAUUUAGGACCUGAAUGUAAAAAGCCAAAUUGAAACCCAUGAGAAAAAGGGUGCCCCGGGUGCCUAGUGAGUUAUUCUUGGCAAAUUUGUGCGGAAUACUCAUUGCAAUACAGAUAACAAGUAAAAUAAAACAUGAAAAUUAACCAGGACAUAUGUGACACUCUGUUUGAUAUUUUCUAAAUGCAGUAAAUCAUACACGAAAAUGCUCACCAGAUCCCUGACUAUUAGAUGAAUUGCGGAAAUAUUUUUAAAAAUAGAUUUAGAAUACUAAUCUUCUGUAUUGUAAACAUUAUUUGAUAUUUAUGCAUUUUUGAAAGAACCAUCCAUGUCAACUGGAACUAGCCGAGGUUCUAUUUGUUGUCAGUAUUAAAUCAUUAAAUCGGAUGGACCUAACACAAAAAUAAUUGACUGUACGGUAAAUAAACUAAAUCUUAAAAACUGUGAAUUAGAAUAAAAACAGUUAAUUUGGUUAAUGUUAUAUAGCGUAUAUGAUAAAUGUUUUUCUGUUUGUCACAUAUGUGUUCCUACAGCUUAAUGCAAUAAAGCAGAUACUUUAUACAGCGUAUGGUACUUGUGUGAAGAUUUAUUGCAAAAUACCUCAACUUAUGAGCAAAUAAUAUUGGUUAAUCAUUAAUGAGGUAGUAUGGAAUAAUUAAAAAAGGGUUUUUUUUUGUUUUUACAAUAAACCUUUUUCCGAUAAUUUUUGAUUAGAAAAAAUUUAUAGUGCACACACAGUAAUAAUGCACGCUGCACGGUUAGAGAUCAAAGAGUUGAGUAAUUGUUGUACAUUAUAUCUCCUUUAUUAUAUUCAAUGCAAAUAGUACAAGUAUAACAUCGUGACAUUUAAAAAUGAAAUUACUAUUUAAUAUAAAUCAUUAACAAAGUAACAAAAACAUAAUUUCAUAUUGUAUCAUAUAAUGAAAUCUAAACCCAUAUUAUUAAGUUUAAAAUUUAUAUUUCUUUACAAAACUAUUCCUUGAGUUCUAUUACUACCUAUUUCAUUACAUACAACACAUUCGAUGAGGCUCGGUUGUUUCUCAAAUGAACUGUUUUCUUAAUCAUUGUUAUUACUACAUCUUCAUAAUGUUUAAUUUGAUUUUAAAAUGGUUUUGUUACAAAAAAUAUAUAAGAGAACUAUGUUCAACUUUUUGUUAUAACUAAAUAUUUGUUUAUUUCAUAUUUUAUGCAUGAAUAAUAUUUUCUGUGCAAUAUGUAAUUGAAAACAGAAAAAUCAUUUAUGAGUAAUAAUAAUAUGCGACUAGACAUUAAGGUGAAUUAUGUUUAUUAUUUUGUAUUGCAUGAAACUCACUCGUAUUAUGUUAUUAAAGUCACUAUGUAAAUGUAUAUAAAUAGUAACGCUAAGAUGUCAAAAUGUAAGAUAGGCUAUGUUGUUUUAUUCAUAACUUUAUUAUCAGAUAUAAUUCGAAUAAUAUUUUUCUACUGGUAUCGUGUACAGUAUAUUAUAUGAUAGAGUUUCUUAAGUUAAAUAUAAAAAUACAAACAUUGUUAAUAUUUUACAAAAUUCGAAUUAAAUAUUGAAAUUAUAUCUAUCACUAAGUACAUAGCUAAUGCAUAAAACCAGAACUAUUGUACUUGAUAUGUUAUUCUGUUGUGUAUUAUACUUCGUAAAAGUUAAAAAAAUAUACACUAUGAAAACAUUUAAAAAACAUUUUUGGUUCAGACCAAUCGUGGAAGCUGGACAGAGCUCGAGAUCUAAUAGCGAAGAGGGGUAUCGGAUGAUGAGUAUGAAAUAGGAAACUGUGUUCCAGUGGAAUACGAAACAGCAGGGCAUUCCGUAAGAACUCGCUUCAUUACUGACCCGUAAUAUGUUGACAACCGGCUUAUGGCGAUAUUCAUUUUGAUGUUGUUAUAUUCAAUGUCGCAUACAACUUUCUGUCAUUUCGAGACCGAUUUUUGCAAUGAGUUUCGAGUUUGCCCAUACAGAAUAACCCUACAGGAAGUGUUUGACGUUGCAAUAUAAAAUACAUUAUUGUCUUAAAAUUACAUUUUACAUCGUUAAAUAUUGGUAAAAUAAUUUGUUCAUUUAUAUAAAAAUAUGUAAAUGUAAUGACAGAUUUUAAUUUGACUUUCACGAAUAAAUGUUUCAUGUUGCCCACAACUUAGUAAAAGAUGCUUCGCUAUAAUGAACGCUUUAGCUUAUGAGCACGCUGUCAACCUAUUUUCUAUUGAUCUUGGGCGUCUUUUUGGGCAAUACUAUACACUAUUUCAUUAUGUAUUAUUUAACUCUUGUCAUAUUCAAAUUGUCCGUUUCUGUUAAUCGCAGGUACUAUUGUCAUAAUCUUAUCGUUAUUUUUCUUUGUUUAGUAAUAUUAUGUCUGUUCAGUAGAGAUCAGGCAGUUGCGACGUUGCGCAUAUAUGGCCAUCACUCAAUUAAUGUUGUCGAAUGUCAAUAGUACCUACGCUAUAUUCGUUCGUUUCUUUAUAUUAUAAGGCGACAAUAUCCCUCGGACAUGUAACAUACGUAACUGAUAUUAAAAUAUUUCAUUAAA